AUGGGCGCUCUACCAUCGGCACCUCCCUCCUCGGAGGACACUCGCCUGCGCAUCGCGCGCUCGUCGAUCUCCCUGCUCAGGGGUUUCGACAAGGCCAACUCUGACCAUGGUCGGGGUUUCAAACUCAACGGCAACAUUGAGCUGUCGCGCGCGGCGAAAGCCGCUUAUAAGGACUUUGUCUUCCAGCGCGAGCAGUUGCAGUUGCAGGUGACCCGGUUUGGCCUGGCACCCCGCCCAGGGUGCGAUACCGUAAGACGGCUGAUUUCCUGUCGCUACUGCCACGACAUGCUACAGGAAUUCUUCUGUAUAGUACCAGGAGCUUUACAUGGCGAAGGAAGCCGCAGUAGAGCCCCGGUUGUUAUCGUACGACACGGGGUACACAAUGUGGGCAGUGGCGGUCAACCGCCAUUACCGGAUCAUGACAUGACCAACAUUAUCCGCGCCGACCCUAUUACGGGCGGUGUUCUCGCCCAUGGGUAG